AUGGAGCCAACCACAACAUCGAAAUACACCGCAGCUCAUCUCAAGCCUAACGGCCCAGGUGAUGCUCGUCCCACAGCCCUACAAAUUGUCCGCAAUGAGCGCAGGGAAGGCGAUCUCGUCGGCAAGGUCGCUCUCAUAACAGGAUGCUCCUCUGGACUGGGCAUCGAGACUGCACGCGCGAUGAAGGCCACGGGUAUCACCGUCUUCGUGACGGCGCGUAACCUAGACAAGGCUAGGGACACGCUCGGCGACAUCCUCGACGGAGAUCAAGUACAACUAUUGCACCUUGACCUCGAGUCGCUCGAAAGCGUCCGGAAGUGUGUGUCUGAUCUCAAGGCCAGGACCAACAAGCUCAAUGUCCUCAUUGAGAAUGCGGGGAUUCGGCAUGUCCCCAAGGGCCGGACCAAAGACGGAUUCGAACUGCACUGGGGAACGAACCACCUGUCUCACUUCCUCCUCUUCGAGCUUCUCAGACCGAUGCUGCUCGAGUCCUCCGCGCCCGACUUCCAGUCCCGCGUAAUCAUUGUGUCCUCCACCGCGCAUCGGAAUGGACCCAUGGACUUCAACGACCUGAACUGGGAGAAGAGGCGCUACGAUCCGGUCCUUGCCUAUGGACAGAGCAAGCUCGCCAACGUCUACACGGCGAGCGAGAUCGAGAGACGCUACGGGUCGCAGGGACUGCACGCUUGGAGCGUCCACCCGGGCGGUAUCAGGACGGGGCUGCAGCGGCCGAGUUUCUCCGAUGCCAUGAUCUUUGUCAAGUGUGGGGUCAUGGCUACGCUCAAGGUGAUGAUGAACGCUGAGCAAGGGGCUUCGACGACCGUCUGGGCAGCUGUCAGCCGGGAGCUGGAGGGCCGUGGAGGAAAGUAUCUGGAACGCAACCAGAUCAGCCAGCCAGUGAAGAAGGGCUGGGGUUUGAUCGAUCCCGGUCAUGUUGAAUGGGCGUAUGACGAGGAGAGGGCGAAGAAGCUGUACGAGAUAUCGCUCGGGCUGGUACAUGCAUGA